CAGUGACGGAGCCGGAUCAGCUGUGGUGUCGCUGUUUGUUCUCAGCAUCCAGCAGCCACACCCUCCACCCUCCAUACAGCAGCAGCAGCAGCAGCAUGAUGGUGCUGGUCCGGCUCUCCCUGCUCCUUCUGGCUCUGACGGCAGUCUGCCAUGCCAUCCUCCCGGAGAUAGUGGACUCAGGUCUCAGUCACAUCCUGGAAGAGAAUCCCUCGGAGCUGGACCGCGUGUUCGUGGAAGUGGAGCAGCUGCCAGAAGAUCCGCAGCAGCAGCAGCCUGAGGAUGAUGCGUCUCAGCAAAGGAGCAACGAGAGUCUCAGCAGUCAUCCCAAUAACCUUCCACCAAGCCCCCAUAAUGAAACUGUUUCUGAUAAAGUGAUUGAUAACGAAUCCAUCCACACCUCAGUGGAACAGGAGACAAACAACAUCAGCACAGCCGACCUGACCAGUGACCUGGGCAACAACAUCGACCAUGGCUGUCUGACUGAUGGAGACUGUGGGAAGGGACGAUACUGCCUUAACAACAAGCAUGACUCCAAGUGUCUGCCCUGCAAAGUGAUCGACAUGACCUGCACUCAGGAUAAGGAGUGUUGUGGUGACCAGCUGUGUGUGUGGGGUCAGUGCAGUGUGAAUGCAACAAAAGGAGAAGCAGGAAGCACGUGUCAACACCAGAUCGACUGCAGCACGGACCUCUGCUGUCUCUUCCAUAAAGCCCUGCUCUUCCCCGUCUGCUCUGCUAAGCCCAUUGAGCGUGAGCGCUGCUUCGGCGCCUCCAACCACCUGCUGGAGCUUCUGUCCUGGGACGUCCAGGACGACGGACCCAGGAAACAUUGUCCCUGUGCAGGAGAUCUUCACUGCCAGCACCUGGGGCGAGGAUCCAUGUGCCUUAAAGGAGAGGACUCGAGUGAAGAGGACAUGACGGAUAAUCUCUACUCAGAGAUCGACUACAUCAUUUAGACGUGUGACUUGUUCCACAUCGACUCGUCUCCACUGACUCGAGCUUUGUUGCAAAGAGCUAAAGCACUUUCUGUUUGCCGGCUUUAUCCAAAGUGGUAAAGCUACACAGCAUGUACAAUUAAUGACUAGAUAUUUAUUUGCUGAUAUUGAGACCGGAGAUGAAAAUGUAUUUAUAUACAAGUAAUAAUAAGUAAAAGACAGGGAAACACUAUAUUUGCAAAAUCCUGCGUUGAUACGAUUUGCUGCAUCUUUGCAUUGUAUUGCACACUAAUACCAGCCAUUCAAUGAAUCAGUCUGCACACUAAAUAUCUGUUGACUCUAUUCAAAACUUCAACUAUUUAACUCACUAUGGCACGCAUUAUGAUGCCAGUUAGGAAAAAAUGUUUUCGGUGUUUUUUUGUCUUGAAAUUGACUAAAUAAACAUAAUCUGAAGAAUUUUA